AUGGCCAGCUGCAGUGUGACGCCGGAGCAGGAGCUGCAGAUCAUUCAGACCAUUUUGGCGCUCCGCUCUCUCGGCGACACGACGUCAAGUGAGCGGCUGCGCCAAAAAGUGCGUCGCUGUCUGCAGGAGUCAACAGACGACGAAGCGGCCGUGGCGACGGCUGAUCAGCUGCUACGCCGUUACAAGAAAAUAGUGAAGAAACUUGACGGCUCGUACGAGAUGGAGCGGGAACUGAAGAAGCGGCGCAGUGAGAUGGAGAUGCGGCGGGCGUCGCGGUUUGUCGAUGAUGAGGCGGAGAGCGGUGACGACGACGAGGACGAGGACGAGGACGAUGAGGAGGACAAUGAGGGGGAGAAGCCGUGA